GAUCUGUGGGGAGCCCUAUGCCUCCGAGUGCGAGGGAAUGGCCUGUGAUGCCCAUUUCUGGCAGCACUGGGCGCAGGUGGAUGCUUUACGCUGGACCCUGGCACGCGGUGCCGUGCUGAUGCCCAGAGGUUUCAGGGUGCGGGCGGCUCUGUUGUCCUGUGCUGGCCUCUGGCAGCGCCGACAGCCCGUCACAGCAGAGGUCUGUGGCGUGGAUGUCUCUCGGAUCAACAAGCUGCAUCCAGCCUGGACGAGAGCCUCCGAGAAUGCCUACCACCGUUUCGCCUGCAGCCUUUGGCAAGUCGAGCACUGCGUCGUGAGCGAGGCCCUCACCCUCUGUGAAGUUGACUUCGCUACGAACUUUCCGAAGAUGCUGCGGUGCCCCGUGGUCACACUCCAGGCUUUCAGGGGUGCCUCCGCGGUGCAUGGUGUUGUGACUUGGACGGAGUGUGAUCUUCGAGGAAAUCAAGACCGGAGCCAGUGGCUUCCCACUGCGCGCCUCAGUGAUUCUGCGUUUCCGCGGAUUCAGCCCACCCCUUUUCUGCAGGGGGUGGUCUUGGCGAGGCAGCCACAGGCUCCGCAAAAGACCGGGCUCAAGGUGGCAGUUGCCGCUUGUUUUCGAGCCAUCGAUGGCGCCCUGAACCUGCGGCCAUCCUUGGUCAAUGGGGAGGAGUUCUAA